CUUUUCUUUUUCUUUUCAUUUAUUAUUAUCAAUUACACUCCUCUUUAUUUUAUAUAUAAACAAUGACCAUUGAAUUAGCUACCUUUGCUGCAGGAUGUUUCUGGGGAACUGAACAUAUUUAUAAUAAGCAUUUCAAAGGCAUCCAAACCAAAGUAGGUUAUACUGGUGGUGAUGUUGAAGAUCCUCGAUAUGAACAAGUCAAAACUGGUACUACUGAUCAUGCUGAAGCAGUUGAAAUCAAGUUUGAUCCUACUCAAAUUUCUUAUGAAUCUUUGGUGGAAUUCUUUUAUAAAAUGCAUGAUCCUACUACACUCAAUGCUCAAGGUCCUGAUGUGGGUAGUCAAUAUCGAUCUGCUAUUUUCUAUCAUUCUCCUGAACAAAAAGAAAUCAUCGAUAAAGUCACAGCUCAAGUACAAAAAGAACAUUAUCCAAACCAACCCAUUGUUACCGAAAUCGUCCCUGCUAAACCAUUCCAUGAUGCUGAAAAGUACCAUCAAUUCUAUUUGGAACGUAAUCCUGAUGGUUAUGCUUGUCCUACUCAUUACUUACGAUGGUAAAUUAUUAUUAUUUUUCUAUUCAACAUCAUUAUUAUUCCCUUCAUUCCUUUAGUUUAGUCUCUUUUGUAUUAUAGUCCUUUAAAUCAUAUUUCUUUCUUUCUUGUUGGCAUAAAUAUUAUUAUUUAAAAUAAACUUUAAUCUUUAUUCAAUCUCCU